AUGUCUAUAAUCAUCCAACCAAAAAUCUCACUUGUUCAUGAAACCGUUAAAAUCAUAGUCAAAGAUCUAGAACCUUCUAGAAAUUAUAAAAUUGAGUUAAGGUAUGUAUAUAAUUUAAUUUUUCCGUUCUUAUAAUCAAAAAAUAUCGAAUCAAAAUGUUAACUGACAACAACAAAGAAAAAACAAGUGGGGAUUUUUUAAAUCCAUAUAAUAUAUUUUUUCCAGAUUAAAACACAGUGUAGGGAUUUAUCGUUCAUAUGGAGUUUUUAAAUGUGAUAUUACUGGCACAAUUGAUGUUUCCAAAGUUGCGCCAAUUCGAGGAACAUAUUCUGAAAUUUGUCCGAUGGGGCUUUUUGAAAGUAUUGAGCCAACGGAUACAGUAAGAUAUGGGGAUUAUUGUAAAUGUACACCACCAGAUGAUUUUUCGUAUGAAGUCAGGUAUUAUUUUUCUGCUUUUUAUUCCAUUUUUUGGUGUUUAGUAAAAUGAAUGUCAAAAAAAGGCAACGCAAACAAACAAACCAACAAAAAAUUGAAAUCAAUGAUAAGAUAAGUGAGAAAUUUUCAGAGUUUUGAACAGUGAGCAUAAUUUGGUUUGUACUGCCAAUUUUAUCAAAAAACUAAAAGAUGAAAAAGUGGAAAGAAUCGAAAUUGAGAAUCCAAUUUGUGGAACAUUGUUCAAACCACCAGGAAAAGGGCCAUUUCCCACAAUUAUUGAUAUUUCAGGAACUGGAGGAGGGAUUAAUGAACAAAAAGUGAGGAAUAUUUUGAAACAAAAUAUGGGUUUUUAUUGAAAAAUAAACGUUUAUUUCAGGCAGCUGCAUUAGCAAGUCGUGGAUUUUGUGCAUUAUCUCUUGCUUUUUUUCAAUUCAAAAAUCUACCAAACUUUUUACAUGAAGUUGAACUAUCUUAUUUCGAAAAAGCGAUUCAUUAUAUGAAAUCUCUCCCAUUCACAUCUCAAAAAAUCGGCUUCCAAGGUGUAUCUUUUGGAGGAACAUUGGCAGUUUAUUUAUCUACUAGAAUACCAGAAAUAUCUGCAGUCGUUUCCAUAAAUGGAAGUUUCAAUCAAGAUACUUUUGCACAUAUUAGUGAAAAUGGUGAGCCUACACCGUAUUCAAUAUUACCAGAAAAUGGAAAAUAUAUCGAGUUUUUGAAUGAGCAUAUGGUUUAUAAAAAUUGUGUUUUGAAUGGAGAAGAAACCGAAGAAACUAGAAUGAAGCUUGAAAAUUGUCAUCCAAAAACUGCUUUUCGAUUUGUGGUGAGAUUUUUGGAAUGCUGAUUGAGAAAAAAAGAACAAAAUAAUAUAUUAUAAAUUUUUAUUCUAGAUGGCCCUUGAUGAUCUCAGCACACCGACGGUGCAUGUUGCCAAAACGCUUGGAAAUCGCCUUCGAAAACUUCAUCGUUCCGUUGAAACCCAUUUUGUACCAGGAGGUCAUCUUCUAGAUCCCCCAUGUUUUCCCCCGCACCCAAUUGUUUAUGCAAAAUAUUUAGGUGGGUUUUUUCCGGUGACCAAUUUUGUGACUCACUUGCUGAUAACAACAAGUGACAUUUUCCUGACAGUUUGAAACAAAAAAAAUGGAAAAGGUUUUUUACAGGAUCUUAUCAAGCUUAUGGCGGAGAGAACUCGUUGCAUGGUAAAUCACAAUUUUUGGCGUGGGAGAAAACUGUGGAAUUUUUUGAAAAAAAUCUUGGUCAGACCAAUAAUUCCAAACUAUGA